UAAAAUCAGUCGUCUCAAUAUAUUUACACGGUGAAUUCUUACACUCCGCUAUCACUACACCAGGGUUUAAGCCAUCGUAUAAUAGCAAUUCUGGAAACAGAACAUCGGUCUCCAGAAGAGAGAUAAACCCUAAAACACAAAAUCAUAGCUGUGCAGGGGUCGAUGCUGUGAUUACACUUCUAGGGUUUCCUAUUUCAAAAACGGGGUUUUGUGAAUUUUGAUUCUGAAAGAUAAAAUUUGGAAUACAGUGUGUUUCAAGAAAAGAUUUUGGGAUUAUCCGAGUUCAGCUAAUCUUUAUACCAUUGGAGGAAGAAGUGUGGAGAAGAGACUGAGGAUUCCCAAUCUUGCCGGAUACAGUUAUUUCAGUUUUCUCAAGUACAAUCACAGCUGAGAGAGAAACAGAUAGAGAGAUGGGGGAGACAGAUGGGAGUGGUGGAAAAGGGGAUAUGGCAGGAGAGAUGGAAGUUGAUGCUUUCAGGAGACUAUUUCCUCUUCGAUACUAUGAGCGUCAUCUCCUUGAGUCUGUACGUCCUGAUGCCAGGCCUCUUGGAACAUCUAGGCCUACAUCUGUCUAUCUUGGGGCAGUUUCAUCAGCUGAUGGCUCAGCCUUAGUUAAGAUUGGAUCCACCGUCAUGUUGGCUGCUGUCAAAAUGGAAGUCAUGACACCAUCAUCUGACUCGCCCGGCGAGGGCUGCCUAGCUAUUGAGUUCCACAUGCCUCCAAUUUGUUCUCCACUUGUUAGGCCUGGUCGACCUGCUGAACCGGCACCUGUUAUUUCCAAACAACUCUCCGACGUUUUGUUAAGUUCUGGAAUGAUUGAUUUGAAGGAACUAUCCUUAAUCAGUGGAAAGGCAGCAUGGAUGGCUUACCUGGACAUAUACUGUUUGGAUGCAGAUGGUUCGCUUUUUGAUGCUGCACUACUUUCAGCAGUUGCUGCAUUGUCUAGUUUGUGUAUACCUGUUGUGUCUGUCAAUGACGAGGGAAGAGUAAUUGCUUUGUCUGCUGGAAACAAGGAUAAGAAGACAGCGAACGAGCCACUCAAUAAAGAAAAGCGGAAGCUCACUCUGAGUUGCAUUCCAUUUUCGUUGACAUGCAUUCUUCACAAGAAAUAUAUCUUGGCAGAUCCUAAUUCAGAGGAAGAAUCUAUCAUGGAAACUCUUGUGACUGUGGUGUUGGAUUCAUCCAAUAGGCUUAUCUCUCUGUUCAAACCUGGUGGACCGUUUCUUGCCUCCACAUUGGUAGUUCAGGGUUGCAUUGCACUUACAAAGGAUAGAGUGAAGGAGCUCCAGAAAAUUCUGAAUGAAGCCAUUACAGAUAUGGAAGUCGAUUAGAUUCAGUUACAUAGAGACGAAGAAGAAAAAAAAGGAUGCGGUGAAGACGUGAUGAAUAGUCGGAGAGAAUCCUCUUGUUAGCAGGCAACAGUUUUGGCUUUCAUAUAAUGUAAAUUUUGGUUCUGUUUUACGUCAUUGCCUGAAGUGCGGUACUAUUUGGUUUAUUAACUUAAUUAAACAUCAGGAGGCGAAUGUUGAUUGUCAUGUUUGAUUAACUUUGUGUAGGAACAAAAAAGGCAAUGUAAACAGAUUAUUUGUUGUUCCAAUUUGGCCAACUAUAUUUAUCUCACUACUUCAGCA